ACCGCCGGUGUAUUUUCACAAACGUCGAACGCCUCAAAGUCCAGUAUCUGGGUCGUUGAGCAGUGACCUGUGUCGAAGAGAUCUGUGUCAAGAGAUCUGGCGUCGGUGUCUUGUGUCAAGAGAUCUGGCGUCGGUGUCUUGUAUCAAGAGAUCUGGUGUCGAUUCUUGCAUCACAGAAAUCUCAGGCCACGAAUACGCCUCGUGGCUGUACUCAGGCGCCGCACCGGCACCUGACCAGAUACCCAAGACCCAAGACAUCACGCAGCAAGAGAAGGGAGGCUCGACUGGACCCUUGAUUCCUCGCAGACAGGCGAUCGAGCCAGACCCGCGGCACUAUGCUGCCCUAUCGCCCCCUUCACAUCGACCAGCCCACGCUCCCGCGGCACUGCGAGCCCGCCAACGAGCUCCUCACCGCGCUCUCCGUAACCUUCCACACGUGCAUCCCGUCGUACCUCGCGCUCGCAUCGACGCUGCUCGGCGCCUGCAGCAUCGUGUCGUGGCUGUUCGCGCAGCUGCCGCAGAUCUACAAGAACCACAAGCUCAAGUCGACGUCGGGGCUCAGCGUGUACUUUCUGACCGAGUGGCUGCUGGGCGACGUGACGAACCUGCUGGGCUGUCUGUUCACGGGGCAGGCGACGUGGCAGAUCGUCAUCGCCAGCUACUACGUCUUCGUCGACUGCGGGCUCACGGGGCAGUGGAUCUGGUACGAGCUGCUGCACCACGGCCGCCCGCUACGUCCCAUCUGGGGCCGCUGGCGGAGCGGCGAGAACGCUGACACGGCGACCGGCGGCGGCGGCGGCGGCGGCGGCGGUGGUGGUGGUGGUGGUGGUGGUGGUGGUGGUGGUGGUGCAGGAGGAAUGCAGCAAGUCUCGACAGGCAAGACGCCCGACACCGACGCCGCGUCCGACGCAAAGGAUAUGAACGUCCCGCACUCGGCGCCGCUCGACGCAUUCCGCAUCCCCAACUUUGCGCGCAGCCCCAGCGGCGUCAAGGAAUCCUACGCCGUAUCGCCCAUGGGCGGGCCGCAGAUACUCGACGCCCCCGGCACGCCAUCGCCGCGCAACAUCCGCCGCGUGGCAGCCUCGAGCUCGCCCCUGGCCUCGCCAAAAGCCCUGCUGUACCUCAGCGCCGUGUUUGCGCUGCUCUCGCACGGCACGCUCGCCGCACCCACGUCGGCCUCUGCAUACACGUCGGCCUCUGCACAUACGUCGGCCUCUGCAUACGCGUCGGCCUCUGCAUACACGUCGUCUUCGGACACUAGCAUGUCCACGCGCGAGCUGCUCGGCAACAUCUUCUCCUGGUCAUCAACAUUCCUGUACCUCGGCAGCCGACUCCCACAACUCUACAAGAACCAAGUGCGUCGCAGCACCGCAGGCCUAAGCCCCUCGCUGUUCGCCGCCGCUUUCUUCGGGAACCUGUUCUACUCGUCCUCGCUCCUCGCGAAUCCCAGCGCAUGGCACGAUUUCCCCCCGCACAGCGGGUGGUCCGAGCAGGGCAGCGACAGGCGGGACUGGAUUCUGCGCGCGCUGCCCUUUUUCCUCGGCGCCGCGGGCGUCCUGAUCAUGGACGCCGCGGUGGGCCUGCAGUUUUGCGUCUUCGGCGACGGCGCGCUGCAAGACGCGCGCGGGCGGCCCGCGCGCCGCGACGACGAAGUCAUUCUCACCGUCGACGACCACGGGGUGCCGAAGAGACGGCGUCUGCACUGGCGCCGUGUGAGCGGGUGGAUGCGCGGGUGGGCUCCCGCCGUGAGUGUUGCGGGCACGCCGUCGGUCAGCAGGGCCAGCACGCCGUCGGUCAGCGGGGCCAGCACGCCUGCGCAGACGCCCACGCCGCGACAGCAGAGUCCGGCGGAGGGGGGGAGUCGGAGGAUCUCGAUCCCGGCGCGGGCGGGCGGGGCGCUGGACGAGGCGCGCGCGCUGCUGGGUACGGGGCGGCAUGCGAGUCCACGGAGUUAUGGCGCAUUGGGGGGCAGUCCGCGAUAG